AUGGCCAAUGAUGGCCAGAACAUUCAACUACUUCACUCGAAGAACGCCGGUCAGAAGGAGUACGUUCUCCACGGGGUGCACUACGUGGUGGGCCACUUCAUGGGCAAGGGCUUUCCCUGGGAAAAGACGCCCAAUUUGACCAGUGAUACACUGAACGCCAACAACUACUCUCCGGUGGGGAAGUACGGCGAGAAUGGCGCGCCGGUGUACGUGCCCGACUACGAGCGGUCGAAGGCAAAGGAGCUCUUCUUCGUGAAUCGCUUCAAUCUGGUCGCCAGUGACAUGAUCUCCGUGAAUCGAUCUCUGCCAGAUCCUCGCCGGGCCGCCUGUCGACUGAAGCGGUACGACCUGCUGGCGCUNUACUCUCCGGUGGGGAAGUACGGCGAGAAUGGCGCGCCGGUGUACGUGCCCGACUACGAGCGGUCGAAGGCAAAGGAGCUCUUCUUCGUGAAUCGCUUCAAUCUGGUCGCCAGUGACAUGAUCUCCGUGAAUCGAUCUCUGCCAGAUCCUCGCCGGGCCGCCUGUCGACUGAAGCGGUACGACCUGCUGGCGCUGCCCAACACCUCCGUCGUGAUAACCUUCCACAAUGAAGCCUGGUCAACACUGCUGCGAACCGUACACAGCGUCCUGAACCGAUCUCCCCUGGGCCUCCUCCACGAGAUCCUCCUCGUGGACGACGCCAGCGAGCGCACCUUCCUCGGUCGCCCGCUGGAGGCGUACGCCGAUGAGCUGAGCGCCAGCAGCGGCGUGCCCAUCCGCAUACUGCGUUCCCCCAGCCGAAUCGGCCUCAUCCAGGGGCGCAUCAUCGGCGCCCAGGCGGCCACCGGUCAGGUGCUGACCUUCCUCGAUUCGCACGUCGAGGCGACCACCGGCUGGCUGGAGCCGCUCCUCCACCGACUCAGUCAGGCGCCGCAGACGGUCGUCUGCCCCGUCAUCGACAUCAUCAACGACCAGACCUUCGCCUACUCGCGCAGCUUCGACUCGCACUGGGGCGCCAUGAACUGGGCGCUCUCCUUUCGCUGGUUCUCCGUCGGGGCCCGUGAGCUGAAGCGAAUGCGCCUGCGGCACUACGACCAGACGGCGACGUACCGCUGUCCGAUCAUGGCGGGCGGCCUCUUCGCCAUGCAGAGGGAAUACUUCUUCCACCUGGGCGCCUACGACUCGGCGCUGCGCAUCUGGGGCGGCGAGAACAUCGAGAUGUCACUGAGGGUAUGGCAGUGCGGCGGCCGGGUGGAGAUUGCCCCCUGCUCACAUGUCGCUCACCUCUUUCGCAGCUCCUCGCCCUACAGCUUCGGCGAGCGGGAGGUGGGCGAGGUGCUCUACAUCAACAAUGGUAAGCAGACAGUCUAA